AUGCUCUUUGCCCAGGAGCUCAGCUUCCAGCCCCUCCGACUGCUGUGGGACCAGCCUGGGACUGGCCCAUCUCCGACCAGAGGCAGCUGGGAGCUGGGGUUUGGCUUGGGGCCUGGGGUGACCCUUGGGGCCCGGCCUGGGCCCCUCUGGCCCAUCACCUCUGCUCUGGGAAGACCCAGCCUGUGCCUGACCGUGAACUCCCCACUCCGGGAGGGGCCAGUGCGGCCAGGCCAGGGCUCCGAGGCCGAAGCAGAGACGUGGACGUCAGGAGGGCAGCAGGCAGCUGGGUGUGCGUGGGUGGCAGCGAGGAGGGGCGGAGGGAGGAAGCUGGCUUUGAAGCUUCCUUCGCCUCAAAGACAGACCGACAGACAGACAGACAGCUGUCCAGAGGCAGCCCUGGGGGCACAGCUGCGUUGGCGAACCUCAUGGCCGAGUGAGCCUGCCCCGGGCCGGCACCCGCCCAGCAUGGUCCAGGCCCGUGGGGCAGCCAUGACCCAGCCUCCGCCCGCCCAAGCGCCAGCCAAGAAGCACGUGCGGCUGCAGGAGAGGCGGGGCUCCAGCGUGGCCCUGGUGCUGGACGUGCGGUCCCUGGGCGCCGUGGAGCCCAUCUGCUCCGUGAACACCCCUCGGGAGGUCACCCUGCACUUCCUGCGCACGGCCGGGCACCCCCUCACCCGCUGGGCCCUGCAGCACCAGCCCCCCAGCCCCCAGCAGCUGGAAGAGGAGUUCUUGAAGAUCCCCCCGAACUUUGUCAACCCUGAAGAGCUGGAUGUCCCCGGGCACGCCUCCAAGGACCGAUACAAGACCAUCCUGCCAAAUCCCCAGAGCCGCGUGUGUCUGGGCCGGGCACGGAGCCAAGAGGAUGGGGACUACAUCAACGCCAACUACAUCCGAGGCUACGACGGGCAGGAGAAGGUCUACAUCGCGACCCAGGGCCCCAUGCCCAACACGGUGGCGGACUUCUGGGAGAUGGUGUGGCAGGAGGAAGUGCCGCUCAUUGUCAUGCUCACCCAGCUCCGCGAGGCCAAGGAGAAAUGUGUCCACUACUGGCCCACGGAGGAGGACACCUACGGGCCCUUCCGGAUCCGCGUCCGAGAGGAGAGGGAGCUCCCGGAAUACACCGUGCGGCGGCUCACGGUCCAGCACCAGGAGGAGUGCCGGUCGGUGAAGCACAUCCUCUUCUCGGCCUGGCCUGACCACCAGACCCCGGAGUCGGCCGCACCACUGCUGCGCCUGGUGGCCGAGGUGGAGGAGAGCCCAGAGGUGACCGCCAGCUCGGGGGGGGGCAUGAUCCAGACCUCGGAGCAGUACCAGUUCCUGCACCAGACCCUGGCCCUGGGGGGCAUGAUCCAGACCUCGGAGCAGUACCAGUUCCUGCACCAGACCCUGGCCCUGUACGCUGCCCAGCUGCCCGGGGAGCCCAGCCCCUGA